AGGAGGCCAGGGGGAGUCAUCAGGGCUGGCAGGAGGCCAGGGGGAGUCAUCAGGGCUGGCAGGAGGUGCGCGUUUGCGAUUAGUGUUUACUUGCAUUUUUUUUAUACCGCUUAUAAUGUAUCAACAGUCAUGCACUUGUAUCUGGUAUAUAAAUAUAGCCUUGCAGUGCACCUUAAGCUCAUUAUAACCAUUUGACCACAUCGGUUUGUUUCCCUUCGUAUUUAUGUGGCUUUGGGUAAAAGCAUCUUUCUGUUCAAUACGUUUAUGUUUGUUUCCGUUGUUAGCCAAAUGUCAGCCUCACUGUAGGUAAAACAUUUUCCACUCCCAUACAGACCGAAAACAAGGGGUUGUAAUUGCUGAGUUCACCAUGUGACGCCCUACACGGUUAUGACCGGCUAAGACUAAUGCAAACACCUUGUAUAGGGCGAGAACUUUAUAUAUAUAAAAUUCAUCUCAUCGCUGUAGAUGGGGAUUGUAACCACAGAGAGGCUUUCAGCAGAUCACAUAUUCUGAAAAACGUUAUGAUGAUUGCUGCAGACAUGUACAUGAUAGAGAUCCGAAUGCAUGGAUCUUUGUUGGGAUAAAUAUCUUACUGUCCCGUUUUCCGUGCAGAUUCAUAGUGGAGGGAGCAGCUGCCAGAAUCGCUGCUCUGUCUCUUUAAAAACAGCGGCCGGUGUCCGGCCCACCGGCCAUCAGUGAACGCCGAGGGGGAGCAGGGCGACACUACGGGGUCUGAAAGCGGCGCUGGGACAACGGUCGGCGCUAAAAGACGUUACCGCAAGGACCAGCAGGAGGUGCCCCUCCUUCCUUCUUUCACUCACCACUUUGUGGACAGACCGACUCAUGGAAGACAAGCGGAAGAAGAGGAGCCCCAAAGUGUCAUUGCCACAGCCGCCCCCACCCCCCGUCAACCCCCGCAAGCUCUCUGUGCUCCCGGCCAGUAAGAGCACAAGCUUCUCCCUCGGCCUGCCCCAGCCGCCGUCCCCCAAGCCCCGGGGCAAGGUCAAGAGAUCGGUGGCAGCUUCUGGACAGUCUAAAGAAGGGCUCAGUGCGACUGUCCCCCCCCCAAAGACCACCAGGCCGCACAAGGAGAGGCCCAGGGUGCCAUUCCCUGCUGGCCCCAGCAGGGCGGCGCAGUCGUCCCCCCUGCAGCACUCGUUCCUCACAGAUGUGUCCGACGUGCGCGAGAUGGAGGGGGGGCUCCUUAACCUCCUCAACGACUUCCACUCCGGGAAGCUGCAGGCCUUUGGUAAAGUGUGCUCCUUUGAGCAGCUAGAGCAUGUGCGGGAGAUGCAGGAGAAACUAGCCAGGCUGCACUUCAGCCUCGACAGUCACGUGGAGGAGCUGUCUGAAGACCAGAGGAAGUCUGUCUCCGAUCACAACUUGGAACACCUGCUGUCCAAUCUGGAAGAGCUCAGCAACUCCAUACAGAAGUUACACUUGGCUGAGAACCAGGACCUGCCCAAGACCUCCAACCCAUGAGGAAGCAUGCAGCUGAUGGGAAGGAGCAGUCUCACGAGGAAGGCUAAAGACAGUCAUGUGACUGUCCAAGCGAUGAAGUGACUGCAGCUGUGAUUGGCUGCUUUGGGAAUACAGCCAGACACAGGACCAAUGUGAUGAGCUCCUUUUCUCUCCAUGUGUAGAAUUCCGUGUUGUGUAAGUACGCAGCUCUGACCUUUACAGUAACAUGGUUAAAUGUGGAAGUACAUGUAGAAAACUGGGAAAGUCUUCAGCUUAGCAGACUGCACAGCCCAGUGCAGAGAGGAACCCGGACAUCUGAGAGGAACCUGGGCGUCCAAGAGGAACCUGGGCGUCCAAGAGGAACCCGGGCGUCUGAGCCAGCCCUCCGCCGUGGACCAGUCCGCACACAUUGUAAGCAGAUCUGUCCUGGUUUUUUCUUGGUGCCUCCUGACACCAGUGGAGACAGGUGGGGGCGCUGUCCAUUAGCAUUGCAGCAACACAGCAGGAUGAGUGUCAGGAGUCCAGCAUCUGCUAUACUCUCCAGAAGCAACGCGGUGGCAGGGUGCUCUGAGGCCUUGUUGGCUGGGCAUGUUGUGAUUUUGUUUUCUGCCUGACCUCCUUCUUUUCCCAUCUUCUGUCCCCUACUUUGUAUUUCCUCCAUCCUUCUCUCAUUCCUCCCAUCCCACCAUCUCUUCGUGGGGCUGCACAUACUUUAAGUGGGAUCAGCUUUUAGUCAGUGAGCACACAUAUUGCCAUGAUGCUGCUAAUGUGCCCUAGAUCUUUUCUGAGAAACUCUCAUGAGAUCACUUGAGCGUCUUGAAAUGGAAGAUGCUUCUCACAGCGGGUCUGCCAGUGCUGCAUUAACCACCAAAACACCCUUAGUUUUUAUAGACAGGAAACAAGCUGAUUCUGAUCUGGUUCAUCAUCCUGGUCAAAAAGCACAAGGAAUUUCCAGAGGCACAGCAACACGUUACAUUCAUAGGAUGCUGUGACUAGGAUUUAGCUGCAUCUCGGAGUUCGGCGACAUAGUGCAGCACAGCGUCUCUGCUGAAGUGACUCUGGUUAUAUUCCUGCCUGGAGGUAAAGUCCUGUUUCUGGGACUUGGGCUUGCUGUCUCGCUACGCUGUUUUCUCAGCAGUGCUAAUGCUGGAAGCAGCAUAUUAUUAACAAGCUAUUUCAAGGAACAAAUGACAAACCUCCAGCAACAGCAAGAAAAGUAAGUCUUCAGUAAUUCCCAUCUGUUCUGAUGCCUUUUCACAGCAGUGUUCAUGUUUUGAAAUAGUUGGGGAGGGGGGGUCUUACAUCCUUGAUUUAUAAUGUGCCCAAAUAUUUGCGGUGAUAACAGAACCUUCCAUGACAUAUUGCAUGCUGGGUAGGAGCAUUUAGAUUCCACUAAAAGCUGAUAUCAUCUUUAUAGACAGCAUAAUACAACUGCAUGACAAGCAUGACAAACUUUGGAGCUCUGUAUGCUUCUGGAGCCAGGCCUCAGUUCUGUGGUUCUGGACGGUGGUACUGGUGGAGGUCCACAAAGUGGCAGUGGCCCGUCACGAAGUGAUGACCACUUGUCGCCUGAUAGGUGUCGUUUAGGGGUCUCUGACUCCUGUGGGAUUUCUUUUUACUGUAUGCUGUCAAUAUUUAUGUCUA